AUGGAUGUGCCAGUGCUGACACUGGACCCCAUUGAGGAUGCCUUGUGCACGCUCCUCGAUCAAGCCUGCCAGUGGAUCACCGAGAACAAGCCUCAGCCAGACCCGGUCGAGUCGUGCGGUGUUGUCAUAGAUUACCAUGAGAAUUGGACGUGCGAUGCGAGGAUCGCAGGAGGCUGGGUACGCGACAAGCUCCUGGGGCACGCCUCGCACGACCUCGAUGUUUCGCUCAGUACAUUGACCGGUCACAUUUUUGCCCUCCUUUUGCGCUCAUAUCUCCUCUCCGAGGCCUUUCGAUCGACUCAGCUUGCCACCGACCCUAGCUCCCCACUCUAUGGCGGCACCUCGACUUCUCUCGUCGGCCACAUUUCCAAGAUUGCGGCGAACCCAGAGCAGAGCAAGAACCUCGAGACAGCCACGGCCAAGGUGGCGGGCCUCCAGCUCGACUUUGUAAAUCUCAGAAAGGAGGUGUAUGAAGGCAACAGCAGGAUCCCGAAGAUGACGUUUGGAACGCCGUUGGAAGACGCCCAACGUCGAGACAUCACAAUCAACUCGCUCUUUUUCAAUGUGCACACUCGUCAAGUCGAGGAUUGCACGGGAAUGGGUCUCGUCGAUCUCCGCGAAAAGAUCAUCAGAACGCCGUUAUCGCCCCGUCGAACCUUUCUCGAUGAUCCGUUGCGUGUGCUCCGCUGCGUACGUUUCGCCAGUCGGUUCCAGUAUGCCGUCAACUACGAUAUUGUCGCCUGCCUCAACGCAAACAAGGACGGUGACUCUGAUGAGAUUCGAAAGGCGCUGAUGGAAAAGGUUUCCCGAGAGCGAUUCGGCAACGAGGUUGACAAGAUGCUUCGAGGACCCGACCCACUCUUGGCACUAGAUCUCAUCAAAAACCUCGACCUCUUUCCCAUCAUUUUCGAGCCUGCUCCCAACUCCGGCGAAAUUCGACCCAUAUCGUUGUCAACUACGGCCUUUGGCAACGUCAGCACCGCCCUGGAGCCUGCCACUAUUCUCGACCAAUUAUGGGUUGAGGCCAGACGCCGCAAUGGUGAAGCUGAUGCGCAACUCUCGCGGGCUCAAAGAUACUCUGGCGGCAUCUCGACCAAGGAUCUUGAGCGCAUUCCUUCGAAGCUACUGCAGCCUUUGCUCGACGAGUACCAGCGUCGAAACCUCUUCCUCUCUGCCGCUCUUCGACCGCUUCAAGAAUGGGAGUGGGAAGAAAAGAAAGGCAAGUGGUUCACGGCCGCAGAAAAUGUAGUUGCCAUCGGUCUCAAGCUCGGAGGGUUCAAUACGAGAGACCCAGUUGCCAAACUGUUCAAGUCUGUUGAGCUGCUUUCGCGACCUUCCAAAGCAUGUUUCGAUGCAGGCUGUGAUAAAGCUGUGGCCAAUGGUCAGGCUCAAGCCUACCGUGGACAUCUCGUACCCAAUCUUGCCGGCCAGAAUGUCAGCCCGCGGGCCACCCUUGCUCUCAUCUUCCGACUGCCAACCAUGACCUUCACAAAGAAGGAGUGUGAGCUGUCGCCAGAGGCUUUCAUUCUCUGGAAUCUUGUCCUCGACAUCUGCGAUCAGCAGGAGACGACCGCGCUGGACCACAUUCUAAGCGAUCUUUACAGUCCAGUUGCCCCGCUGAUCCCGCAUCUGCAGGACAAGGCGCUGCUCGACGGCAACGAGGUGUCGAAAGCUCUUGGCUACGCACCGGGUCCCCUCAUGCAGAGGAUCCUGACCAUGGUGGAAGCAUGGCAAUUUGACCAUCUCGACGAUCUUCUGGAUGGAAGAAAGAAUGCGGCCGAGCUCAAGGAGGAGUGCAAGGCGUGGCUCCGCGAGGAAUGGGAUAGCGGUGGCAUCAUCUCGGUGGAAGAGAGGAUGGCCAGCAAGAAGGAAAAGAAGCAGAAGAAGCAGAAGAAGAGCGAGUAG